UCCCCCAACAACCGACUAGUUGUGUGAUGGCGGUGCGCUGUGGAAGUACAGUCGUUAAUAUCAAUUGUCGCUACUACACCUCUUUGGAAGUAUAAUAUAUUUCUACGGGAGGAAACCAGGUGUGUUUUUACAGCAGAACGACAGUUCAACACCACAACAAUGACGGAUGAUUAUGACAGAAACAAAGUUUGCUGUGACAUACCUAUAAAAAGCUGUGAGCAUUUAGUUACCCAAUGAGAAAUGCUUGAUGAGAGAUGUAAGAUGGAGAUUGGGUUUGCCCUACUUGGAUUAUUGAUCUGUAGCCAGCUGUGUACAGCAGAACCAAACUGUUUACCUGAAGUUGAUAUCUCGAAAAACGGUGUAACCCCUGACGACCCAUUUGUGUAUUUUGGUGAGCACAUUAACCUAAACUGCACGGUGUCCACAAAACAGCUUCCUAAAAAUUCAAUGCUGAUAUUUGUGACGAAGCGCGAUGACGGAAAAGAGGAAGAAGUAGAAAACACUAUUUUGAUCCGAACUGAUUCAACACUAACCAUAGCCAUAAAUGAAACAAUCACAACACCAGUUAAACUCACCUCGAAAUCACUCAACUACCGAUGCAGACUUCGGUGUGACACUGGCAGCCAGGAAGUAGGAUAUCAGUAUGUUACAGUAGAUAGUCCACCACAAACACCUGGGAACCUAUCUUGUGUUAAUUACAACUGGAAGAACCUUACCUGUUAUCUUCUCUAUGGAACACAUUACCGCAGCAGUGAAAUCAGCAUCACAUGGGAGUGGACAGUCGGCCAUCAGUGGGGCAGAUGCCCUAAAUUAAACACCACCUCCACUCAAGCUGUCUGUUUUUGGCUUAGUGCCCAUGUCGGAGAACAUACUUUCCGUAUCAACAUUACAAACAACCUGCGAAGGUCUGAUCCACCUGUGACUAAAAUGUUCAAAAUCAACCCUCCUGUUGAACCUGAUAAAGUAACAAACAUCACCUCCAUGGCUAACAGUACCUACGCCAGCCUUACCUGGGGUCACAGCAGUGGUAGCAAGAACCUACUCUACAAUAUACACUACUGUUCUCGCUGGGAUUCCUGUAAGGAAAUGCAGAGUAAACAUAGGAGAGUGGUUCUUUUAAAUUUGGUUCCUGACACAGAGUACAAUGUCAGCAUUGUGGCUCGGCCAUUCUAUAACAACUGUGUGACCGGAUACACAAGCAGCCCUGCCUAUAUCAACUUCACAACUCAGACAGACGUGCCCUUGUAUAACCCCAAGAUGCAGCCAGGAUUCUAUGAGACCAUCAACAGCACUGCUAUUAUUGUGUACUGGAAGAACAUUCCAGAAAAGGUUCAGAAUGGAAGAAUUCAACUCUACAAUGCUACUAGUUUCUUACUGGAGAACGGAACACAAAUCUUGACUGUCCCAAAACUGUUUUCCACAGUUAAACACACCAAUACCUCAGAGAACUUUCUAUCUAUAAAUGGACUAUGUAGCACCUGUAAAUACCGCGUGGAGCUGGCUCUGAAGAAUAUGAAGGGAUAUUCUCACAAUGACUCCUCCCAACUCUAUCUUCUACCUCUACUUCAACGCCCUGUUGUAAAACAUAUUGGGAAGUUUACUGUGGAAGCCAUGAAUGACACGUUUGUCAGAAUUAUGUGGCUGGACCAAAGUCAGCCUUACGCAACAACUGUCAAGUCUAUAACAAACUACAGCAUUGUCUGGUGUCGUCGUAAUAACAAUUCUCAUCUUUGUAAGGGGGAGCUACAGGAUAAGGUUGUACGUAAAUCGGUGAAUGAAUUGGAGAUAAAUUUGAAGAGUUCAUUCCGAGACUACAGAUUCGGGAUGUCUGUUGAGGUAGACACUACCCAAGGUUUACUGGUCAGCAGUGGAAUUGAGUGGGGGACAUCUGUACCCUUCCUUAAAUAUGGAGUACCAAAUGAUGCCCCGCCAGACGUAGAAAUAGAGCUCACUGAACCCCGCGGCUUUAACACAACUUGGGGACCAUAUGAGGCUAAUUCCCCUGAUCAUAGCCCAGCUGUGGCAUAUCAGGUUAUUUACUGUAGUAAAUACAACUGUACAGCUGUCAAUAUUACUGCCAGUGACAGCAUGAUGAAGUUUACAAUUACAUCAUUAUCCCCUGGGCCCUACAACUGUACUGUCCGUGGCAUAUUCCCUGGAGGAUACGGACCAAUGAGCACUUCCUCCAAAUUAGUGGUCGGAUUAUCUGUCAAUAUGGCUGCCUCAGUUUCAGGAGAAGGUGACAAUUCCGUGGGGAUUAUCAUUGGUGUAGUUGCAGGUGUUAUUCUGUUAAUCAUUAUAGCUGUUCUGGUUGGUGUCAAAUUCAGGAAUAUGAACCAUAAAGCAUAUAUAGCUACAAAAGAGAUUGAGGUCCCAGAGGUAGACAAAGGGAUGGCAGAGACCUCUGGUCAGUUUCAAGGAAACAGUAUUGAUUCAGGUGUAGUUGAGGAUAGCAAGUACUCUUCUGAUGAUGAUCCAACAAGGGUCGCUUUGCUUCCCCAGAAAGCCAAUGACUUAUCCGACCUUCAGAUCAAAAGAACAGAACCAUGUAAAGCACCACUUAUACAACAGGAUGACCCUCAACAUGUACAUUCCAGUAAAAACAGUAAAGAGAACGUCAACUCUGCCGUCACAAGUGGGAUAGGUUCUGGUGUUAGUGGUUCAGACUUGGGGCAGACAUUGGACACAGGACAGACAUUGUCGUGUCACCAAAGCCAGCAAGAUAAUACACUGUAUAAGAACGAGUCAGCUGACCACAGUAAUGGUCAGUUUGAUGCUGUUGACGAUGGUUACAGACGUCCCACUUUUGCAGACAGUUCAAGUGAUUCACAAUAUAGUCCAGUCAUUCAAGAUUCAGUAGAGUCAUAUACGCAACCCACCAUUUCAUAGAGACCAACAGCAGGCAAAUCCAUAAAGCAUCUUUUAAAGAAGUGAUUUAUGAAUUUAUUCAAGUUAUAUGUCUAUAAACUGGUGUAUAUCACAAUUCCUUGUGACGACGACUAUGUAUGAGUGUUAUAAUUCCGCCAGAGAGGAAAGACAUUGAAAAUAAUAUGUCACCUGAAGUCUUUCAGAAAAUUCUUUUUGAUUGUUGGAAAACAUGUGAAAGUGCAUAAUUUAUCUGCAGCAAGGAGUUUGGAUUGUGCACAUUUGUUAUGCUUAAGCAUGAAAACACCUUCAUUUAUACAAGUCCUAGAGAUGUUUUGUUGUUAUUCAUAUGAUCACAGAUUCAUUAAGAACUACUAGUAUUGGCUAUAUAUAUUUACCCUAGUAUCAACAUUACAGUUUUCUAUCAUAUUUUUCGGUUGACAAAUUUUUGAUAUUGCUUGUAGCAAGGAUUUGUGAUUGAAGAGAAAAUGCAUUCCUUUGUUUUUUUUUCAUAUAUGCAUCAGGAAUUAAGCAUAUAUGUAUUGUUGUGUAUAUACAUGUAUUGUUGUGUGUGUAUACAUGUAUUGUUGUGUGUG